AUGGUUAUCACAGACACGGCUGCGUGGGUACAGUCUCAAUCGAGAAGUAUUGUUGAUUUCAUUUCGACACCAACCGCCAACUCUUCCUCACUUCCACCGUACGUUCAAAUCGGAGCUGCAGCUGCCGUCACUAUGGGUCUCGGAUACUACUUGUCCAAAGGAACUUCCGGAUCUUCUGGAUCCGCUGGAUCGUAUACAUUCAACAAUGGCGUUACUUACACUGGAAACGUGAAACCCUUGGUUGAUCCAAUGAAUCAGAGCCGUGUCCUACCGGAUGGCUCUCGUAUCAGUGCGUAUCUGAAAGACGACAAACUUCAAGCAUUCCUGUUCGAAGAUGCUCGUACUCUCUAUCAAGGUGUUCGUCGUGGAGCUCGCCUCUCAAAUAAUGGACCGAUGCUCGGUCAUCGUGUCAAACAAUCAGAUGGAUCCAUUCCAUAUGUUUGGGAGACCUACAAUCAGAUCAUUGAAAGAGCUGAAAACGUCUCGGUUGCUUUCCGUGAACUUGGUAUUCCAACUGGAAAUGAUGAAAAUAUUGGAAUUUAUUCGAAGAAUCGUCCUGAAUGGAUUGUCACCGAAUUUGCCACAUACAAUUAUUCCAAUGUGAUUGUUCCAAUAUAUGAGACUCUCGGAUCGGAAGCCUCGAUUUUCAUUUUGAACCAGGCGGAAAUAAAGAUUGUGGUCUGUGACGACAUCGCUAAAGCAACCGGUCUCCUAAAGUUCAAAGAGCAAUGUCCAAGUCUGAAAACACUUGUCGUGAUGGAGUCAUUGACCGACGAGCUGAAAUCUUCUGCCUCGUCUCUCGGUGUUCAAGUAUUCACAUUUGAGGAUCUUGAAAAACUCGGAAAAGAUGCCAAGACACGGCCCGCCCACAUUCCACCAACACCUGAAGAUCUAGCCACAAUUUGUUACACUUCCGGAACAACUGGAACACCAAAAGGAGUCAUGCUCACACACGCCAACGUUAUCGCUGAUGGUGUCUGUAUGGAUUUCUUCAAACAUUCUGGAAUUGCCGCCACCGACUCUAUGAUCAGUUUCCUGCCUUUAGCUCACAUGCUUGAGAGAGUUAUUGAGAGUGUGUGCUUCUGUGUUGGAGCAAAAGUCGGCUUCUAUCGGGGUGAUAUCCGUGUGUUGGCUGAAGAUAUUAAGGAGUUGAAACCAACUGUCGUUCCUGUCGUACCCCGAGUGUUGAAUCGCUUGUAUGACAAAGUGAUGUCAGAGGUCAACAAGUCGACAUUCAAGAAGUUGUUGUUCGAUUUCGCUAUUUCGUACAAGGCUAGAGAUAUGGCUAACUUCAACAUCCGAAAUGAUGGAUUCUUUGACAACUUGGUCUUCAAAAAGAUUCGCGAAGGAUUCGGUGGACGUGUUCGUUUGAUGAUUACUGGCUCCGCUCCCCUAUCUACCAAUGUCCUCACUUUUGUGCGUGCUGCUAUGGGAUGUGUAGUUGUUGAAGGAUACGGUCAAACUGAAUGCGUGGCUGCUUGCACCGUUUCAAUGGAAGGUGAUUCAUUGGCUGGACACGUUGGAAUGGUUAUUCCAUCAUGUCAAAUCAAAUUGGUUGAUGUUCCUGAAUUGAACUAUUAUGCUAAAGAUCAAGCUGGAGAAGUAUGUGUCAAAGGACAUAUAAUUUUCAAGGGAUAUUACAAGAAUGAGCAGCAAACGAAGGAAACAAUUGAUAGUGAUGGAUGGUUGCAUACUGGAGACAUUGGAAGAUGGACUCCUGAAGGAACACUGAAAAUUGUGGAUCGCAAGAAGCACAUCUUCAAGUUGUCACAAGGAGAGUAUGUGGCGCCAGAAAAGAUUGAAAAUAUCUAUGUUCGGUCAAAGUAUGUCGCUCAGUCAUUCGUUCACGGUGAAUCUCUGAAGACAUGUCUCAUUGCUGUCGUGGUUCCUGAUGCUGAGGUUCUCGUACCAGCUAUGGCCGAUCAAGGAAUCAAGGGGACAAUUGAGGAAUUGUGCAAAAAUGAAACUGUCAAAAAGGCGAUUCUUGAUGACAUGGUCUCGGUUGGAAAGAAGGCCGGUCUCUUCUCAUUUGAACAAGUACGGGACAUUUAUCUGUCUGCGGAACAAUUCAGUGUGGAGAAUGAUUUGCUAACACCAACAUUGAAGAGCAAACGCCCGAAGCUGAAGGCUCAUUACUCCAAGCAACUCAAUGAGAUGUAUGCGAAACUUCCAUAA